UUGGUUGUACAUACAGGUUUUUAUCAGCAGAGCUCUACUUUAUACGCUUUUGUUCAUUCAAUAACGUUUCACUCCUCUGUUACUGACUUUAUUGUCCACCGCAGAUCUAUUCAAACUCUGGAACACGAAAGCCAAACCCAAUCCGAAGUAUGGACGUCUAUUCUCAAGUGUCAGUCCCAACUGGGACAUCUGCUUCCCCUUGCUUCCUACCUACUUAAACCUGUGCAGCGUAUCCUCAAAUAUCAACUACUUUUUCAGGAACUUAUUAAAACCUGUACAAUAGCCGGACUGGAUCAAAAUCACAGCAUAUUCAAUGGAGAUCAAACUUCUACGAUCAAUCACCUUCAAAAUGCUCUCGAACGUAUGGUACAAGUGGCUCAUCACAUCAACGAAGCGAAGCGCCAGCAUGAUUUGAUUGACCAACUGAGAGCUGGUGGCCUUGACGUUGACCAAUGGGGUCGUCUCCUUCUUCGAGACGUCUUUCGGCUUCCUGCCAAAAAGCAUGCUUGCCGCCUGGUUCUACUUUUUGAGCGAGCCAUCUUAUUAGCAAAAAAGUUCUCCUAUUCCGGCAAUAAUUCCGCUCCAAAUCUCACGGACCUUCAGUCAAAUUCUGGCGAAAGUCUUCAAUCUGUUCUGGAAAUUCGUGACGUAAUAAGUUGUAAUAAUCUAGUGCUUAUCGAGUGUAUAGAUAAAGAUCCGUUGGCCUUCCACAUUCUCCCAUUUAACAAUCCAAGUGCCCAAAAGACGCUACAAGCGGUUAAUGCUGAAGUGAAGCAGCGCUGGUGUCAAGAGAUUAAAAGGGUUAUUCUGGAGAACUUCGAUUCUGCAAUCCCUGAGAAAGUAAAGCAUUUGAUGCUGCAUAUGGAAGAUAUUUGCCCCAGACCCAAGUCUUCUGAUGUGAAUCAUCAUGGUUUGGAAGAUUUGGAAGAACACAUUCCCCGAAGAAAAGGCUCAAGUGUAUUAACAUCUAUAUUCAAACGAAAGAAUAGAUCAAUACGCUCCUCAUCAGUGGCAAAGUCUCUAACAAGUAAUGGAAACCUGGUUCAGCCAUCGGUAACAACUGACAAUACGUGUGAUAGUGACAGCACCUACAAUGACUGUGAUAUUAGUGAAGAAAAUGACACUGACGCGGAACACGUCGCUUUGGUCCAAGAUGCUUGGAAUGCCUUGAUGGCGAAACAUUCCUCCUCAAUCAGUAAUUACUCCUCAAGUCCCCCUACUCUAUCUACCCUCUUCCAACAUAAUUCAACUAUGUCCAACUCUUCUGCCAACCAGAAAGACUUUGGAUAUGCAGAUCUUGAAGAUGAGGAUGAUUUUCGGUGUAUUGCCAUUGAGAUUAAUGAGGAACGAUUUGCAGUUGACUUACCUUCUCCAGUAAAGUUAGCAGAAUUCAAACCCACCUCACCCCCUAAAGGUUACGUAAAUGGCUCUGGGCAUAGUCCACCCGAGGCAUCCAUAUUUAUCAAGUGCCAAGAGGCCUCACAAUAUGAUACAGUGACCUUUGGUCGUGCUUAUGAGCAGUAUAUUGCAAAGACGCGUUCAAUGGCAACACUUUCUCCUGGGGAAAUGGACGAGAUUCUCAGACCUUUGCUGAAUUUAGGGGAAGGUUUUCAUUCUCACUUCUCAUCAAAUGGAAACGGUGGGUCUACGCAGAAUGGUAGACGACUGCCAACGCUGGCAAGCAGUGAAGAUUGUUCCGGAACGUCUUCUCCUGCUUCCUCCCCAUCUACAAUGUCUGUUUGUCAACUUGUCAGUGAGAUUGCGAUUGACCAUUCAUCGAAAGUUAAUAAUACGCCUAAAGCCAAUGGGAAUGGCACUGCGCCUGUUCCCUCCCGAAAGAAUCAUCAUCCGCCACCUCCAAAGGCAUCAACUAUUCAAACUAAACCCAACAAAGAAACCAAUAGAACACCUCUAACGUCAACAGCUGCACGGAAUGAAGCAUCGAAAGCGGCCCCAGUACGCAAAUCCAAUGCUAUUUCUCCCUCUGUGAAAGUUCCGAAGUCGAAACCACCAAGAAGCACGGGUCCUAUAGAAGUCGAUGCUAAGCCAGCUUUAAGAACAAAUAACUUGGGUAACGGGACUGGAGCCAGAUUGGCCUCAGCCAAGAAGGUACCAGCUCCACAACCAAAAUUGCCUUCCAUUUCGACAACAGGUGGCAACUCUGAGGCUGCUUCCUUAUGUCAAGGCCGUUUGCGUGCCGCCGUAGCGAAUUUAAACCCUCCAGAAUGUCAGAUCACAGUCAUUCCCAAAACUGUGAAUCCCAGCAAGCCGCCACGCCGAUCUGCAUCAGUUUCCAAACCUCUUGGAACUAAUGGCACACCCACACGACCCACUCAACUCCCUUCGGUGACUUUGAAUGCAGUUAGAGGUCAUGGUCACGUGAAACAUCUAAUCGAUUGUUUUCAGAACAACUAG